AUGGAGGAAAUCUACGCUAACGUUGAAUACGACAAGCCUCAGGUUUCCAUAAGACCUUCAACACCUGCCCCAGCUGCAGAACUCUCCUUCAUCAUCAAAGCCAACCUGACGGAGCGUCUCCGGGUCAGUGGAGACAAGCUGUCCUCAGUGUCGGCAGAGAGAGACCAGCUGAAGGACAACUUCACUGCACUGAUGGACAACUUCAUUGCACUGACCCAAGAGAAGGACAGACGUCAGCUCUUGUGCAAACAGAACAAAACGUGUCCUGAAGGGUGGAAGAUGUUCAGUUGUUCCUGUUAUCUUCUCUCUACACGGGAUGAUUCCUGGACUAAUGCAAGAACAGACUGCAGAGCAAACGGAGCAGAUCUGGUGAUCAUAGACUCUCCUCAAGAACAGAAAUUCCUCUCAAGCAUCGCCAAAGAUCGUGCUUGGAUUGGUUUGAGUGACAAAGAGAUGGAGGGCACCUGGAAAUGGGUUGAUGGAACUCCACUGACUGGAGCGUAUUGGGGCGCUCCACCUGAUCCAGUUCAACCUGAUGACAAUGGAGGUAAAGAGGACUGUGUUGAAAUACUUUUAAGGUGGAACUCAGAAAGAAACUGGAAUGAUAAUGUCUGUACUUCCUCUUUUUCAUGGAUCUGUGAAAAACUGGUUUAAAUAUUGUUUUAAAAAUUCAAUGAUCAUUUAUUGUUACAAUGAAACAAAGGGAUGAAGUUGUAGCCCAUUUGUUAAUAUAUAUAUAUAUAUAUAUACAUACAAAUACAUGCAUAUAAAUAUAAAAUAUGUAAGCAACAAAAACAAUUAUCUUCUGUAACAAUAUGGCCGACAUCUUCACAUUAAAACAUUCAAUAUGAGGAAAAACAUUGUCCAUCAACUGACUGUUUGAGCAUCAAGCAUCAGUGAUGUCUAAGAGUCGUCCUCCUCUCGUCCCCCCUGAGUCCUGCUCUCUGUCCCCAUGUCCACCCGUCAAGUAUUACAUCCAUGAAUGUUAUUAUGAUCCUGAUAACUGCCUUAAAUGGUGUAUGUGGGAGAUGAAGAGAAAGGGAGAGUGCAUGUGAAGGGUUGGAGCAAGCAAGGUCUUUAUUCAUCUUCCAAUUUUUGAACACGUGCCUCUCUUUUUAAAUUACUAACAGUAUGAAGUUGUCUGUAUGAUGGUUUUGUGUGAACUUUAGCAUUUGUGUUUGUUUACCGGUGAGAUGAAUAUACACAAAUAAACAAAG